CUAGAGUAAAGUCCAUUUAGCUACUGAGGAAGUCCAGCCUAUUUACAACCAAAAAGAAACUGAGGAGUAAGAUGGAGUCUCCAGUGGUGUUUAUCAUAUUCCUAACAACAAUAUCCUUUGCAACAGAUCAUGUUUGUAGCAAUAGGAUAUAUGCCUCUGAAAACCCAUUACCAGUGGGCAGCAAUGUCACACUUUUCAGCGAAGCCACUGUCACUACAGGGUCAUGGCAGUUCAACAAUAACAUGAUUGUGUUAAUGUAUCCAGGGAAUGUAGUCAUAUCUAAUGCUUGGAAAAACAGAACUAUAUUCAAUUCAACCAGUUCAUCAUUAGCUAUAAUGUCAGUACAGCUGGAAGACUCUGGAUUGUACACAUUACAGGAAAUUAAUUCAUUUCAUGAUCAGUUAACACUGUCAGUCCAAGUGCCUAUUUCAAAUGUGACCCUGAGGGCAAACGCAACCAACCUGGUGGAGUUCAAUCACACAGCAGUUCUCAUAUGCUCUGUGUCCAAUGGCUCAUCCUUGUCUUAUAUGUGGCUGAAAGGCAGCUCUGUGGUCACAGCCGGUGGUGGAGUUCAGUUCAGUGAUGGAGGCUCCACCCUCACUAUAGCCAGAGUGACUCGCUAUGACGAGGGGCCAUUCAGGUGUAAUGUGUCCAAUGGUGUCAGCCAAGAAAUUAGUCUUCCUGUACAUCUGAACAUAAGCUAUGGUCCCAGUAACACAACAAUGACGAUCAGGCCCAUGAAGCACGCAUACAGAACAGGGUCUAACAUCGCGCUGACAUGCUCAGCGGAGUCCAACCCUCCAGCAAUGAUACAGUGGAUGGUUGGUGGGGUGUCCCUCAAUCAGUCUGGCCCACAGCUUCACCUACAGAAUGUCACGAAGAGCGACUCAGGAAACUACAUAUGCCAAUUUUACAACAAAGUCACAUCAAGGUUCAGCAGUGCAAGUGCAAUGAUCAGGAUAGAGGAGCCAAUAGCAGCAGCUGUGGUGAAUCACACAGGUGGACCAGCAAUACAUGAUGAGCCAUUCACUCUGCAUUGUGAAGUGACUGGAUCUGUUGACUACAUUCAGUGGUGGAGGAAUGGUCAGCUUAUUUCUGCUGACAACACAACAGUGUUUGAUAUGGGCAACAAGACACUGAUUCUCCACCCAGUCCAGAUGUCAGAUGGUGGAGAUUAUCAGUGUCAGGCUUUGAAUGCUGUGAGCAACAUGACCAGCAGCCCCUACACAGUCGAAGUUAACUAUGGCCCAAUGACAACAGUGAUCACGGGGCCAUCCGUGGCUCUGACAGGAACACUGGUGACCCUCAACUGCUCAAGCAACUCUCAUCCUCGCUGCCACUUCAGCUGGUACUUCAAUGGUUCCCUGGUGGCUACCACCUCAGAGUACCAGAUUGGACCUCUGACCUUAAAUAUGAGCGGGAAGUACAUCUGCAUGGCGUACAACAACAUAACCAGGAAAAACAGCACCGCAUACAAGAUGCUGACUGUUUUGGUUCCGGUGACCAUGGCAUCAAUAAAAAUUGCCGGACCUCAGCCAAUCUUGAACCACACUUUCUCUCUAAUCUGUGAGACUGCUGGAGAUGUUGAGUCAAUUAUGUGGAUGCAUCUUGGAUUGCCAUUGUAUGCUGACAACAGAAGAAACUUCUCAACGGACAACACCAUCCUCACCUUUGAUCCUGUCAUGUUUUCUGACAAUGGGAACUACAAGUGCAGUGCCUCCAACCCACUCAGCAGCUUAGCCAGUGACAGCUUUAUGCUGAAAGUUAUAUAUGGACCAGAGAUGCCAACUAUCACAGGACCAAGUGUGGCGAAGAUAGGACACAGUGUCACACUCAACUGCUCAGCAUCAUCAUACCCUCACAGCCUCUUCAAAUGGUACUUCAAUAAUUCUCUGGUGGCCAAUACAUCUGAGUAUGUAACACCUCCUCUUACCACAGACAUGAGUGGGACGUACACCUGCAUGGCCAACAACCACAUCACUGGCCAAAACAGCUCUGACACAAAGACACUUACUGUUUUUGAGCCAAUAAAAGAUGUAAAAAUAGAGACAUCCAUGAAUCCUGCCAUAGAAGGUCAUUCAUAUAAACUAACAUGUAAUGUGACUGGACCUGCUGAACAUGUUGACUGGAUGAAGAAUGGCAAACCACUGCAUGCAGACAACAGAACUGUCUUCUACAUAGAUAACAAGACAGUCUCCUUCAAGCCAUUAGAACGUGAUGACACUGGAGACUAUCAAUGUAUGGCCAUCAAUCCUGUUGAAAAUAUGACGAGCGAAACUUACAUGCUUCUUGUAAACUAUGGACCAGAUAUACCAACUAUCACAGGACCAAGUGUGGCGAAGAUAGGACACAGUGUCACACUCAACUGCUCAGCAUCAUCAUACCCUCACAGCCUCUUCAAAUGGUACUUCAAUAAUUCUCUGGUGGCCAAUACAUCUGAGUAUGUAACACCUCCUCUUACCACAGACAUGAGUGGGACAUACACCUGCAUGGCCAACAACCACAUUACUGGCCAAAACAGCUCUGACACAAAGACACUUACUGUUUUUGAGCCAAUAAAAGAUGUAAAAAUAGAGACAUCCAUGAAUCCUGCCAUAGAAGGUCGUUCAUAUAAACUAACAUGUAAUGUGACUGGACCUGCUGAACAUGUUGACUGGAUGAAGAAUGGCAAACCACUGCAUGCAGACAACAGAACUGUCUUCUACAUGGAUAACAAGACAGUCUCCUUCAAGCCAUUAGAACGUGAUGACACUGGAGACUAUCAAUGUAUGGCCAUCAAUCCUGUUGAAAAUAUGACGAGCGAAACUUACAUGCUUCUUGUAAACUUUGGACCUGAAACACCCAUCAUUUAUGGGCCAUCUUUUGCCGAGAUGGGACAUUAUGCAGUCUUCAACUGUUCUACCGUGUCAGUGCCUACCAGCAACUUCAGCUGGUGGUUCAAUGGCUCCCUGUUGGCCAAUACUGCAGUGUUUACAGCUGACCAUUUAUCUUUAAACAUGAGUGGAGAAUACACCUGUAUAGCCUACAAUUACGUGACAGGAAAGAACAGCACAAACUCCACAAUGCUCACAGUCAUUAAGGGUAUAGAGUCAGUGAUGGUCAAAAACAACACAGUUCCAAUAAACUUUGAGGACUUCACUCUCACCUGUGAGGUUAUUGGGCCUUAUACCUCUAUAUCCUGGAUGAUUAACACCUCCAUUGAUAACAAACUCCUGUCCUACAACAUGCUGAACUUCACCCCAGUGACACUGAACAAUGACGGGACAUAUCGGUGUAUCGCUACUGAUAAGGCUGGUUCACAUGAAAGCCCCGAAUACAAGCUCCUGGUGAACUAUGGUCCAUUUAAUGUGAGUAUCUCUGGUCCAGAUUCAGCAAAAGUUGGCCACAUUGUGACCCUGAAAUGCUCCACUGAUUCCCGGCCAGAUUGUGACUUUCACUGGUUCUUAAACAACCAGCCAUCAGCAGUCGAGACUGGCUCUGUUAUCACUUUCAAAGCAUCAAAAGAGAAGGCGGGGAGCUACAAAUGCAAAGCGAGGAACCCUGUGACUAACAUCACAAUGUACAAGACUAAAGCCUUUACCCUCACCGCUCAUGCCUCUGCCCUCCAUUUCUCAUCCCAAAGUGGUCUGAUGUUGAUGGUUCUGUUUGCCUCAUCUCUCUCCACGCUGUUCCACUGAGUCCUCCACCCUGGGAAAUCCAGUCAAAAGUGAAAGGCCUCUUGCUUCCUCCACACUCUGUCAAUAAUCUUACUGUAAAAUGAAUAGGAAAGUACUGUAUAGUUAACAUUCUUAAUGUUAACUAUAUAGUACUAUACAAUGGCAGCAAGAGAACGCAUUUUUUUAGUUCUUGUAGGUUUUCGUGGAAAGGCAAAGAAGAAAGCGUGACAGACUCUGAUGCAGUUUGUUGUUUGAUAUUUACUUUUAUCAUAUUGUUGUCAUUAACUUGCCUGUUUUGUUUUUUACAUUAAAUGUCACUGUUAGCAAGUAAAAGUAGCUGUGUUGUGGUAGUUACUGUUACUGCCAUGGAGUCAGUUCAGUAAAGAAUUAAAUACAUUUGCGUAAUUUUAUAGAGGAAAAUAAUAAUAUUGUAUUACUUUAAAAUGCCUCCAUUCCUUAGCUCUUUUGGUACAUUUUUAAUAGCAGUUAUUUACUCUUAAUAUUC